AUGGAGGCCAAGUCGAAGCUCGGCCUCGACACCUUUACCAAACUCGGCCUCGGUAGAACACUUCUACUAAGCCUCGAUAGAAUUGACAAGCUCAAUCUCGAUAGGCUACUCCUCGUGGUUCUAGGCACAAAAACUCCAACUUACAAAAGGAAAGGAAAGGCUAUUGAAAUCGGUCAAACUAGUAUGGGGCCGGCCCCAACUAAGGUGUCGUUAUGCGGGUUAUUGGAGAGGACAAUUUGGGUUGUAAAGGCCGGGUAA